UUCAGCGCUAGCGGCAGCCAUGCAGUGCGUCUGCGUUAGGCACGUCAGCUGCAGCAAUAGUGUCGACGACGGAUCACGUCCUAGAGACUGACCAGCUGGUUGCUCCAUUCUCGGUCUUCCCUCGACACCACGAAAACAGAUUUCUGCUGCUUUGCUACAAUUCCACUAUUUCUAAGUCCAUAAGUUUUGUGCAGCACAGCCCGCGACGCGACGCCAUGGCCCCACAAAAGACGCCAUCGGCCGGGUUUGGUCCCGUCGUUUCAGGAAAGCUAAGUGUCCGCAGACAGUCGUGCAACAUGGGGAGAAAGAUCCAGACUCGGGGCCACAAGUGAGCGCACUUUCCGCAAAAGGGCCGCCCCGCGCACAUCCCCUCGGGAUUGACGAGCGGGCCGCGAAGCAAUUACCGCUCAAAACCGUCAUGGUCCAAAGGUCCCUGGGGGAUGUCGAGAGCGCGGAGCAGUUACCGUUGAAGUCCGUUCAAAGGCCCUUCGGGAUUGCCGACGAGCGGGCGGAGCAGCGCAAGCCGCCGCGGCGCACGUCGCCGGUGUCGGUGCUAGAAGCGGACGGCGCGAUGGCGGACGGGGAGAUGGCGGGCGAGGAGAUGGCGGACAAGGCGAUGGCGGGCGGGUGGAUGGCGGAGGGGGGGGCGCACGAAGGGGGGGAACACAGAGGGGGGGAGGAGGUGCGGGGAGAGGGAUGGGGGAAUUUGCGGCCGGAGCGGGAACUUCCGUCUCUUGACGGUUGGUGGCAUACCGCGAACGGCGGUGGCAAACCGGAGGAGUGGAUGGAGGCGCUAGCCGUCGAACGACCGCCACGGCUCCCCCAGUUACCGCAUUCCCCCCAUUCCGCGCACUCCCCGCGUUCCGCGCAGUCCCCGCACUCGCGCCGGCGUCAAUCGCGGGCUACCCGGCCGCAAGCACCGCCGCAAAUUUUGCCGCAAGGACCGCAUCCUUCAAAACGCGCAGCAGCGCCCCCCGCGUUGCACAUCGAGCUUCCCCCAAGUCCGCGCUCCCCGUCUUUCCGCCGACGCUCCGCCUCCCUCCGGUCCCCCCUCGCGCCUCCGCAAGCCGAACCGCCGUCGCUAACCGCCCCCCAAAUGGCUCCCGCACGCUCCCCCGCAGAGGCUCCCGCGCACUCCUCCCCGCAACCCGCCGCUCCGCCGGUGCGCUCCCCCGCCGCGCGCGCUGCCGGAAAACCUUCCGCCUUAGGCCCCUUGCCCAACACGCCACACUCUGUUGAUAGGCCCUCCCCCCGUUCCCCCUUCCCCCCCGUAUUCUCCCCUCGUGCCGCGCCAUCCCCCGCCUCCUCCGCCUCCCCCAGGGACUCCUCUCUCAGCGCGCCUUCCGCCAGAGCAACCUCCGCCAUUGCGCACUCCCCCGGUAUCCCCUCCCCCCGCGCGGCGCCGUCUCCCGCGUCUCCCGCUGCGCCUCCCCCCGCCAGUCCCAGUCAGGCGGGCGCUUCCCCGGGCAGCAGCACGAGCCAAUCGUCAGGAACCACGUGGCGGCCCGCGCGGGUGAGCGUGUACAGAAGCUGGCGGGCGGCGAGCGCGCUCGGAAAGGCGAGGAGAGGAGGGAGAAGCGGCGGCGUGGAGGGAGAUGCAGAGGCGAGGGGGGAGGGGUACAGACGCGGUGGCGUGGAGCGGACUUUAGAGUGGCCAGAUGCGGUGGAAGAACGGGGGGGAGGAGCAGGAGGAGGGGAAGCGCCGAGAGGCGGGGAAGUGGGAGAGGCCGGGAUGGAAGCAUCGCGGCGCCUCCUCCACCACCACGUGGCUGCUAACCCUUCCGAUGACAAGCCCUUCCGAAUCAUCACUACUAAUGCUAAUACUACAAGGGUCACUAGUAGUAGUAGUAGUAAGACUCAAGGCAGCAGUGCUAAGGCUGCUACCAUACCUGCUGAUAGCUGUGCGAGCAGGGAGGGGUUAACUGGGUGCGGCCUAUCUUCAGAGGCAGCUGACUCAUCGGAGGGGUUGAUCGACGGCAUGGAUCUAGCGUGGAGCGAGGCUUUCCGAACAGACGGUCAGAUGGUGUGGAGCGAUGGCGACCCAACUCGCACUGCCGCUGCUGCGGUGGCAACGGCGGCGGGGGCAGCGGCGGCAGGGAGGGGGACAGUUGCAGUUUCCAAGAAGGUGCCGAAGCUACGGAGAGUUGCCACGGGACCGGAGCCAGUUGCCUACCAGAGGAGGGUCGGGAGCGCCAGUGGCGGGCAGCAAGGAGGCGGGCGGCAGGGGAGCGGGCGGCAGAUUCCGAGCCUUCGCCACGUGGCAGACGAGCCGCAGGAGCUGGUGCGACCUGGCUCCGCCCCUUCCGAUGUUGACCGCUAUGGUUAUGAAUCAAACAAUUUUUAUAACCAGAGUCACCUUAGCAAUAAGAGCGGCUAUGGAGCGGAGGGGGGGGUUGAGAAUCGUGCGAGGAGGAGCAUCCGGAGCAGCAUCCCUAGGUUCGGCAGUGAGGGGCUGGCUAGGCUAGGAAGCAGCAGCCUCGGCCGAAGCAGCGGGAGAAAGUUUCAGUGGAGGCUCGGGAGGAUGCGGAGGGUUGGGAGUGUGGGAGGUGCUUUAGAUGCUAGUAACGGGGGGGAGGAGGGGGUGUUGGUGAAUCGAGCGUGCUUAAAUCGAGAGGAGGGUGGGGAGGUGUUUGUGAGUGAGUGGGUGGAUGUGACACCUGCUGAGAGUAUAGUGAGGGUGGUGAAGGAGGGGAGGAGGAAGAAGAAAGGGAGGAGGAAAGGGGAGGAGGAGCAGGGAGGGACAGCCAGUGCCACUGCUGCUCCGAUCGCUGCUGCUUCUGCUGAUGGUGAUCCAACGGCUGCUGCUGCUUCUGCUGACUGUGAUCCAACGGCUGCUGUGCCACAGGGGGGUGCUGCUGCUGCGGAUAAGCCUGCAGGCGGAAGCAGCGACUGGGGAAAAGGGGGUGACGAGAAGGGACAGCACAAUGGCAAGCACAAGGCGAAGCACAGAGCAUGCACUCUGGACCUCAGCCUCCUGGCGACAGACAGGGAGGAGCACCACUCUUCCCUCACUCCCCACUCACUCACUCCACACUCUCUCACUCCUCACUCUCUCACCCACCCUCCUCUCACUCCAUCCUCCCUCACUCCCCGCUCCCCCCUUCCCCCGGACUCCCCCCUCCUCCGUGUGCUAGAGUCCCCCCUCCCGCCCCCUGUCUCGCCCUUCCGCCAUCGCCAGAGCAGAAGCUUCCAGUGGCGGCAGCCACGGCAGCCACGUCAGCCCUCACCACGUCACCUCGCGCCACGUCAGCAGGAGGAAGGGCGAGGGGACGGUCCAGGUUUGUACCUUGACGGCAAAGGAGGGGAGGAAGAUGAGGAGGAGGAAGAUGAGGAGGAGGAAGGUGAGGAGGAGGAAGCAUGGGAAAGGGGGCGCAGACAGGAGGGGGAAGGGAAGAAGAGAAGGAAAGGGGAAGGGGAGGGAGGGGUGGAUGAGGGAGAGUGUAAGAGGGAGGAGGGUGGGAAGCAGCGUGGGGUUCGUCUUGCCUCCCUGCCUUUCCUCCCCCACCAAAGCAGAUCGCCCUCCCCCACUUCCCGCCUAGCAGCACCUGCAUUCCCCACCACUCCUUCACAGAAAGUAGCACCUGAGCUCAUGUGUCGUGCAGCAGUAACAGUAACACAUCACAGCACAUCGCCUGUGCCCACCACUCCUCUGCCAGUUGCUAACCCUCACGUCACAUGCACUGACUACCCCCACAGCGGGUCAUCCUCCCCCACUUCCCGCGUAGUAGCAUCCGUAUUCCCCACAUCUCGUGCAGUAGCUGUAACACCUGAUUUACCCUCCCCUCCUUUGCACGUUGCUGACCCUCACGUCACACGCACUGGCUACCUCCACAGCAGAUCGCCUUCCCCCACUUCCCCCAUUUCCCCCACUUCCCCCACUUCCCCCACUUCCCCCACUUCCCCCACUUCCCGCGUGGUAGCAUCUGUAUUCUCCAUGUCUCGUGCAGUAGCAGUAGCACCUGAUGUACCCUCCCCUCCUUCACAAAAACCCGGCACUCAUGUCACGUGCAAUGAUUACCAGCACUGCAGAUCGCCCUCCCCCACAUCCCGCCUGGUAGCACCUGAACCAUCCACAUCUGGUAACCAUGGUGGUAACCAGCUUGCCGUGGCGCAUCAUGCAACUCAUUCAUCAUCGGUCGUCCUGCAUGCAGGAGGGGUCGGUAAUGGCGAUGGUGAUGGUGAUGGUGAUGGUGAUGGUGAUGGUGAUGGCGAUGGUGAUGGUGAUGGUGAUGGUGAUGGUGAUGGUGAUGGCAAUGGUGAUGGUGAUGGUGAUGGUGAUGAUUGGGAGGAGGGACAGGGUCAGGAGGAGGAAGAGGGGACAGGGGAAGCAGGGGUGGAGAGGGAGGAGGGAGAUUGGGAGGAGAGAGCGGAGGAGGUGGGGAAGGAAGAAAAAGGAGAUGGAAAGGGAAGGGAGGAAGCAGGUGCUGCUGCUGCUGAUGAUGAUGAUGCUGCUUCUGCUGCUGCUGCUGCUGCUGCUGCUGCUGCCUGUUUUCCCCUACCCAGCAGCCAUGGCAGCAGCGGCAGCAGCUUCAGCAGCAGCAACAGGUUCGGCGGCGACAGGCCCGGGCACAGCAGGCUCGGAAGCCAGGGCCACAGUAGCAGGAGCGGGAGGCAUGAACGAAGCCGGAGCGCCUUCACGGGAGGGCAUGAGACAAAGAGGGGUGGCCUUUUGGGCGGCAAUGUGAAUGAUAUCAAUGAUGACAGUGACGACAGGAAACAAGGGUUUGAGAGAAGGAGGAGAAGGAGCAAGUCUCUCAUCUCUCCUCGUGUCCUUGCUUCCCUUGGCAUGCUAAGAAUGUGUGGGCUUGGGGGGCCUACUGUGAGGACGCAUAGUGUGGAGGAGGAGGAGAGGGGAGAGGGGGAGAGGAGGGCGGAGGAGAGAAGAGAUCUGGUCGGCAAUGGUUCGGGUGGCACUGAUUUAGGUGGCACUGAUUUGGUAGGCACUGAUUUGAACGGCACUGAUUUGGCCGGCAAUGGUUUGGGUUCUUGCGGCACUGGUUUGGGCAGCAACGGUUCGGGCGGCGAUGAUGGGAGGAGGUCGGAGGGGGGAGGACGAGAAGAGACGAGGGGAGACAGGGGAGUGACUAAAAUGGGGGGCCCUGGUGUGGGUAACGUGAGUAGAGCGCAGGUGCUUGCACGAGCAGAGAGUUUAAGAGUGAUGCUUAGGGGCGAAAGGCCCGCCACCGCUACUAAGGAGGGCGUGAGUAAAGCGGAGGUGCUUGCUAGGGCGGAGAGCUUAAGAGUGAUGCUUAAAAGUGACAGGCCUGCUGCAGGGAGCGGGAGUAGAGCUAACAAGCUAGGAAGAGCGGAGAGCUUAAGAGUGGCGCUUAAAAGCGGACGGCCUGCCACUGCUGCUGGUGUGAUGGAAAAUGGGGGUGGGGAUAGGGCAAACGAGCUUGGGCGAGCAGAGAUUCUAAGAGUGACUUUUAAAAGUGAAAGGCCUGCUACUGCUGCUGGGAGUGGGAGUCGGGCAAAUGAGCUAGGACGAACGGAGGGCCUAAGAGUUACACUUAAAAGCGGAAGGCCGUCUUCUGCUGGUGGUGGUAUGGAAAAAGGGGGUGGGCGCAGGGCAAUUGAGGUAGGACGAGCGGAGAGCCUAAGAGUGACACUUAAAGCCGGAAGGCCGGCUUCUGCUGGUGUAGUGGAGAAGAGGAGGGGAGAGGAUGGGUUGACAGGGGCAGGAGCAGGACGAAAGUGGGGAGAGGAAGAGGUGGAAGAGGAGGAGGAGGAGGAGGAGGGGGAGGAGGAGGGGGAGGGGAGGGAGGAGGAGGAGGAAGAGGAGGAAGGGGAGAAAGAGGAGGAGAGAGGGUAAGAAUUAGAGCAGGGGGAGACAGGAGAAUAGGCGGAGCGGAGGGGGGGUGUGGCUUAGGAGAGCAGGAGAAGGGCGGAUGGGCAGACUUAGAGGAACGGACGAGGCGAGGAGAGGAGAGAUGGGGAUGUGUGGAGGAGCAGGGAGGAGGGGGGGGGGGGGAGGAGCAUGGGGGACGAGAGCUGGUGCUUCGGCGGUCACUGACCGGAGAUUCGUUGAGAGCGCGGAAAUCGCGAUCUGAUGGCGUUUCUUGUGUGGGAGAAGUGCCUGCAGGAGAUGAAAGAAACGCCACGGCAGAUCGGAGCGGUGGGAGAGGAGACAUGUGCUACGAUCCAGUGAGGGGGGCAGCUGUACAAGCACAAGAGGAUCAUCCCUCUCGGGCUCAUCCGUCCCUGGCUCGUCCCUCCCUGGGUCAUCCGUCCCUGGCUCGUCCCUCCCUGGGUCAUCCGUCUUUGACUCACCCAGGUCUGACUGUUCAUAUGCAUGCUCCGGAUGGGGAGGGGAAGUGGGAUGAAGGGGAAGAGUGGAC